CCUGAUCACUGUAGUUUGUUGUCGUUGAGUACGGAAUGGAAAUGGUAGGUCUGAAUAUAGGAGCUUGUGUAGGCCUAGUAUUAUACGUUUGUAGCGUAAUUGUAACUGCAAUUAAUCCUACGGUAGUUCAGACACAAAUAAUAUGGGAAGGUAAUACAACGGGUGAAGUGUAUUUAUAUCGCAUUCCAGUUAUUAUCAACCUCCCAAAUGGAGAUCUGCUCGCCUUUGCAGAAGCGCGAAAGUAUGACAUACCCCGUACUGAUGUCGGAGCAAAAUUCAUAGCUAUGAAACGCUCGAAGGAUAAAGGAUCGUCCUGGGGCCCGACUGAAUUUAUUGUUGAUGAUUAUGAAGCCCAAGAUGGUCUUAAUCUAGGCACUGCUAUGGUAGACGAAGAAAUGGGAUAUAUCAUAAUAUUGUAUGUUUAUUGUGCACACAACCAGUGCCCCGAGAGGCAGAAUGUUGCCACCAACUUCGUUGUGAAAAGUAAAGAUUGGGGUUACACAUGGGGUAACCCGGUGGAUCUCGGCUUGCAAAACCCAGACAUCCUCGGAUUCGACCUGUCUCCUGGGCCAGGAUAUGGGAUACAGAAAAAGUAUGCACCAAAUAAAGGCCGUUUGAUAACUUGUGGACACAGGACUCCAUUUGCAUUGAAGUCUGUUGUUUGUUUUUACAGUGACGAUCAUGGCGAUACUUGGAAAAUUGGAGGUGGUCUUGUUGGAAUACCAUUUGGUGGGGAUAAGAAAGUUGGCGACUUUGCACCUGGUGAAGCGCAGGUUAUUGAAUACCCAAAUGGAACACUAUUGGUCAACGCUCGUAACACACACUUCUAUCAUUGCCGCUGCAGAAUGCAUGGUAUGAGUUUUGAUGGAGGCAUAACUUUUCCCGUCACAUCUACCAAGCUCGUUCCAGAGCUCAUCGAACCCAGUGUCUGCGGUUCCAUCCUUCUACACGGUGGUACCCUGUUUUUUUCUAACCCGGCAUCCACCUCAGGGCGCUUCAAUAUGACAGUGAAAUGGAGUAACGAUAUGGGAGAGUCGUGGCCUGGCCAACUGCCGAUCUAUCUUGGUAGUAGCGAGUAUUCUUGCUUGUCAAAUGUUGACGACGAUCAUAUUGGUUUAGCUUAUGAGAAAAGCGAUUACAAAUUGGUGGAAUUUGUUAAAAUUAAAGUGCAUUAGCUCUGAAGUACAGUACUAGUUUAUGUAUACUAUUUGUAUUAAAAUCAAAGGACAAUCACGAAUAAAUUUGAUUUUGUAUUGAGACUGAAUGGUGCCUAUAGCUUGAACUCGCUUGAGGCCAAAAAAAUAUGUUACCUACAUGUACAGUAAAGCCUGACCCACUAUUGAAACUUUUAAAAAUCUACAUCAUGUUUAUUUUUCAAGAAAAAUUACUAAAUUUAUAAAUCGAGGAGCCCCCCAAAAAAAAAAAUGGUUUAAAAGUUCACCAUGUAUUUUAUCCAGUGGUGUUUCUAGGAGUCUUGAACAAGUGGACUGAUGGAGGGAAAAAGGUGAAAGUGGGGGCUCGAUGAUUAAGUGAGGGGCACUAGCUCAGAAAAUAAAGUGAUUUUUAUUUACUGCAGUUAUAAUUUUACCAACCAAAAUAAAUGCGAUAUGUGAUAUUGGCAAAUUUAUUAUAAAAUUAAAGUUGGUUUAGAGAAAAAAUACUAUAAACUAAUAAUUUAAGGUCAUAAAAUUUGAGAAACUGUACUGCAUUUAUUUUAUAUCCAUUUUACAGUGUUUAGCUGUUGUGCACAGAAUAGCUACAAUGUUUAGUACCACUUCGCCAAUCCUCCGUAUUGAACGUGCCUCAAUAUUGAAAUUGUUUAUUCUUGUAAAUUUGAAUUGUAUAAUUUUUUUUUAUUAUUUGCAAUGUACUGAAUUGUUUCAAGUUUUGUGUGAGGUUUCAUUCCAGUAAGGUUUUUAUAUCUGAAUUUUCAGAUUUUAAAAUAAAAUGAUUUUGUAAAUAUUAGAGACAUGAUAUAAAUAUACAGGUCUCUCUCCAAUUCAAAACCACUUUUGGGACUGGGUUUUCCAUUGUCUUUAGCAGCUUUGGUCAGAUAAGACAUUUGUAAUGGGACCACAGAAAUGUGGUCUUUAAUUGGAGGCAUUUUUAAAUAUAUGGAGACCUACAGUAUAUUAUAUUAUUAUCAAAUAUAUAUCCGUCAGUCUUCCAAGAUAAAUUUAUAUUGUAUUUUAUUCUGAUGGACAAAUCAAGUAUAGAUUAUAAUGUAGUACAGAGGCUAAAGGAAUCAAAAUUAUGCUAAAUUUUAAAGCUAAUUAAAACCGAUGCCUAUAAUAUAA